AUGGAGAUGUUUGGCCACUGCUCAGCCUCUAUCCUCCUCCUCUUCGGCCUCCUCAGCGGCUCGGCCCCGACUCCGGUUCUCCAGAUGGAGACGUACGAAGACGCCUUCAACCUGACCCGGACGACCAAAGUCCUGGUGAAGCAAGUGCUGAAGAGCUACACGCGGCAGCAGCUCGGAGAUGAGGACUUUGAAGACCGGAGCCGACAACUGAGGGACCUGCCGGAGCUUUCCAUGGAGUUCUACAGCUGGAGGCAGCUGACGGACUGGGAGCGGCUCCAGCGAGCACUCACGGACAUGCAGGCCUACUGGAACCGGCUGGAGUGGAGCAGGACGCAGCUGGAGAAGGAGAGCAAGAGCACAGACGCCUCCUUACCCGAUGGCAUCCGGCACAUUCAGCUGGACCUGAGAGACCUGAUGGUCGAGGUCAUCAGCCAGAUGAGUCGCCUGAACUCUUCCUGGAUCAAACCCACCGUCCCCGCAGCUGUGAAACCGCUGAGACGGGCCACGCAGGACUGGGACCGGCGGGUGGAGGGUUACGUGGUCCUCAGGGACCUGAGCCUCUACCUCAUCAGGCUGGCGCGGGACUUCCUGCUGCUGGAGUCCCAGACACAGGCGGCCCAGUCACAAGACGCCGACCACUGA